AGGGAAUUCCCAUUUCACUCUAGAAAACAGCUGAUUUGUGUCAAAAAUGUCAAUAUUGUGAUUUUGCUUGACAACCACUAGGGAAAGCAAGGAUUUCUUGGGUUUUUCCGAAAUAUCAAGUGAUGCAGGUAGACCUCGACAUGAUGUGGAAGAAGAAGAAGAAAUAUUAAAUAUUUUCCAAAGAGACCUUACUUUCUCUACUCGCGCUGUGGCUCGACGGAUUGGAUUAUCCCAAUGGCAAGUGUGAUAUCCAUGGAGAUUCCAAAGUUCAACGUUUAACCGCAACCGAAUGCAUGGAGAUCGGUCAUCGAUUCUGCUGUUUCGAUCCAUAUCAAGAAGUACUUAAAGUCGGCAAGUGUAAAAAUGGCGGCGACGGUACCCUUCAAAGCUGUGAUAAUGGGCGCGCCCGCCUCUGGAAAGGGUACGAUAGCUUCCAGGAUCCUGAAAAACUUCAGUUUGGGAUACAUCUCCAGCGGGGAUUGUCUCAGGAGACAGAUACAACAGAAUACACGUAAGGUUAUUUUACCCUUGUUUAUUUUGUUUACAGGAUUGAAAUCGAUUAUCUAUUUUUUGUUUUAUAUCAUGGGUAACUAGAUAACAUAUGACAGUCAAAGUACUCAUCUACCGUGACACGUUGCAUCAAGCAGUGUUGCCAUAUCUAUAAGUCAAUCUGUAACUUUGUGAAUUAGCAUUAUUUGUAAGAAAGUUCGGUCAAGUAGAUUGGAUCCUUAUUCCCCACACACAAUUACUACAAUCUAAGUUGUGAUUAGAUAUUAUAACAUUUUAUAGCUAUGAUGUGUUUUUGUAGCAAUUGGUUUAGAAGCACAAAAAUAUAUCAACCAAGGAAAACUGGUACCUGAUGACCUUAUGAUAAAAUUUAUCACAGAUGAAAUAAAGAAAUUGAACACAGAAGCAUGGCUACUCGAUGGAUUUCCACGAACGUUGUCUCAGGCACAAGCCUUGUGGAAAGUAGAAAAACUUGAUCUCGCCAUAAAUUUAGUAGUUCCAUUUGAUGUUAUAAUCGAUAGAACUAAAGGAAGACUGGUACAUCUGCCGAGUGGGAGAGUUUACAACCAGGGCUACAAUGAUCCUAAAGUACCGGGAAAAGAUGACGUCACUGGAGAGCCUUUGGUCCAGAGAAAUGACGACAAACCUGAAGUUGUGAAAAAGAGGCUAGAACAAUAUCAACAGCAAUCUACGCCGGUUGUAGAAUUUUUUAAAGAGAAAGACAUUUUGAAAGAAUUUCAUGGUAAAACAUCCGACGAAAUAUGGAAACAUGUGUUAGAUAUGCUUAUCCGAUAUUUACCUGUGCAUAUCAAGUCUCAAAACUAAUUUACUGGGGAUGAUUGUUCUGAUUAUACAUUUUUAUUAUGAUAGUCCUUGGUAACAAAUGUAUAAUGGGUGAUAAAUUUUACCAGUCAAGUUGAUACCAGUUAGUAGUCAGAGAAAUUCAUGCAAAACAACAUGCAAUAGACUUGUAUGAGGGUCAUUAUUAACCCAUCAAAAAUAUCAUUGCCAUUCCAUUUAUGAAAUGCCUCAUUAAACUUUAUCUAGCUCAUAUUAACGCAUUUAUAUGAAUUCUAUCAGAAGAAAACGCAUAUUAGCACAACAGAUUUUUAAUUAACUAUUAUAUUUAUUUUGUAUACGUGUUUAAUAAUAAAAUUAUUUACUAUAGAAAA